GCCCAGUGUAUCUUAGACUACACCUCUACUGUGUACACCUUGUGAGAGUGUAGAGGUUGUGUGUGUGUGUGUGUGUGUGGGUGGGUGUGAGGAGUCACAGGUAACUGGGGUAGCUCACAAAUGUAUAUUUGUGUUUAUACUUCUGUAUAUAAUUGUUAUUUACUGCUGGUUGUGUUCGCAAAUUAUGUUACGUAUACAAUAUUUGGCGUAAAAAUUGGUCUCUGAAUCUGAUUUGUCUGCCAGACGUUAUUCCAUGGUUGGUCAGUAUUGAUUUGUUUCUAUUAGAUCAAGAUUAUCAAUUAUUUUAUAAUGUGUUAAAACGUUAUAUUGGUGUACAGGACGGAGCAGUGUGGUUCAUGACAGUCUUGUACGCUGUGGUGAGAUUAUUGUGUGGUGAUGAUAACUGUUGAGUAAGGUAAACAUGACCUUGUGUGUGUUGUGAUGAAGUGAUGAUACACGUGGAGGCAUCACUCACAACACUGGCAAGUCUUGUGAUGACGGACGCCCGCUGACCUAGUGUUCCCUGCCUCUCACUCACUCUACUGCCUGCCUCUCCCUCACUCUACUGCCUGCCUCUCACUCACUCUACUGCCUGCCUCUCCCUCACUCUACUGCCUGCCUUCCCUCUCUCACCCUUGAGCCUCUCCUUCCUGCACCAUCUGUGGCAGUCAUCUGUCCGUCCCCACUGCCCCUGGCCGCUCGUCAGGCGUGCCAGCUGGCCCUGAGAGUUGGCGUGGUUGACAGCUGGUUGGGAAGACGGGCGAGCAGGUGGGUGCCGGGCGUAAGGCUCCACAUGCAAAUUGGAGCUUCCACUGGGGUCGUAUGUAUGUAAAUGUAACGGCCAACAAGUGGACACUGUUAAAGUGACCCUCAGAACAGGACGCUUCCAGUCGUCGUCUCCAGUCUGCCACGCUCUUCCCAGCUCCCAGCUGCUGCUCCCCUGUGCUGGGAGGCGUAGCACCCUGCUCCCUUGUGCUGGGAGGCGUAGCCCGGGUGCUGCCCCUUGUGCUAGGAGGCGUAGCCCGGGUGCGGGACAACAUAGGAGUGGCCAGCGUGGAGAGGAGGCGGCAGGGAAUGCGUCACAAUGACCAUGUCCUCGACGGGAGAACUGACGUCGGAGCAGCUCCACCAGCUGUACCUGUGCAGCCUCCUCCUGGGCAAGAAGAGGGAGCAACCCAUAUUCUCGUGCAAGGCGCACGUCUUCCACAUCGAUCCCAAGACCAAGAGGUCGUGGAUCCCGGCCUCAUCUUCCGCUGUCUCUGUCUCCUUCUUCUACGACUCCACCAGGCAGCUCUAUCGUAUUAUCUCUGUCGAGGGCACCAAGGCAGUGAUCAACAGCACCAUAACCCCCAACAUGAUGUUUACCAAGACUUCACAGAAGUUUGGCCAGUGGUCGGACAUGAGAGCCAACACAGUCUACGGUCUGGGCUUCUCCACUGAGGCCGAGCUCAAUAAGUUCAUAGAAAAAUUCCAGGAAGUGAAAGAGGCCACUCGAUCGGGCAAGACCAAUGGCACAAUAGGUGGUAGCGGGGGCGGUGUUAGCGUAGGAGCAGGGGGUGGGGGCAGCGUGGGGGCGGUAUCGUCAUCCUCGGGGCCCGCCUCUGCCACUGCCUCGCCUCUCACAUCACGAGCCAAGAUUCAACCAGACUCAACAUGUGAAGUCAACACAGUUACUGCAGGUCUGGAUCACCUAGCUCUGGCCAACUCUAAUGACAUUAAUGCCACGCUGCUCAAAUCGUCACUAGUUGCUCAUCAGCGCUCACAAAGCCUCUCAGGUCUCCAGCCGGCAGGAGAAAGCCCAAAGCACAAGCAAGGAGGGGGAGGAGGAGGUGGCGGGGACAAAGUAGGGUCCACAGGAGCCAGCAGUAAUGUAGAUACACAAAUGCAGCUCAAAUAUGAGAACGACCGUCUUAAACUGGCACUAGCUCAAAGUUCGGCCAAUGCUAAAAAGUGGGAGAUCGAGUUAAAUUCAUUAAAAACUACAAAUGCCCGGUUAACAUCAGCACUACAAGAAUCUACAGCUAAUGUUGAAGAAUGGAAGAAGCAACUACAGACAUACAAGGAAGAGAAUAAUCGCAUGAAGACACGUAUUCACGAAUUAGAUGCUGGAGGUCGAAUUGGUAGAGGUGAAUCGGAAGAACUUGUCAAGGAGAUGGCAUGUCUACAAGCAAGGUUGGAAAACCUUGAGGAACAGAUAAGGUCUAGGGAGGCGACAAUCGACGAAUUAGAAAAUCAGCUUCAGCAUGCCCGAGCUGAUGACCAACGGGAGAAAAUACAGCGUCUUUCUGAAGAAAAUGAGCAGUUACGCAUGGAGACUGCACGUGCUCAAUCUCAACUAGAUGUAGCUAUGUCAACACAAGAUUCUCAAAGAGGUGUGGUUGAGAGCGUCAACAUGCAAUUAGGUGAACGUAUUAAAGACCUUCUGGCUCUUCACCACGAAUUGAAUCACCUACUUACUACCUGAGGCGGGUCGGGUCGGGGGCUGCCACCCCACCCGCAGCAACGCUCCAGUGCUGGCCAGAGAAAGACUAUUCGCCUUCAGGCUGUCUGGCAUGUCUAGUGAGCGCGGGGAACUAUGGCCGCUUCUGACCUGGAAUCACGCUACACUUUUUACUUCCCCUUCUAUAAUCCCAAUGUAUUAUUUUUUGCAUUUUUUGUAAAUAAUACUCUGUCAUUCCUCACACCGCUAGCCCAGCUUCUUUUAUCUUGUCUUUUUUGUCAAGUCUUGAAAGAAGACAAGUUACUGUGAGGCUCUAGGAACUGUUUGAUUAAUAUUUUCCCUUUGUAUUCAAAUUUCAUCAGGAUUACCAAUUCAUUUAUUGUUUUUAAUAAUGCAGCUUAUUUUCUUUAUCUUAAUCUUCUUGGCAGCUAAUUCAUAUGUUGCACUUACUAUAGGAUUUGUAGCUCUGUGAUUUAUAAAAACUGUAACUGAUACAAAUUUUAUUUAAGCUCUUUUUCUAAAAGUUUACCUCAUUUCCUCAUUUAUGUGCUCUGCAAAAUUAAUGUAUGUAGCAAAAUGACCAACAUAGGCACACGAAAAGCUUAAUCUUCCUUAUUCCUUUUGUCAUUAGUGGAAUCCAGUUGGCCACGGUUGUUAUUGUAUUUGGAAAUUAUACACUGGCACUUUAUUUACGAUUUUAAUGUUCACCAUCGUUGGCAUUCUACCGCUGCUCUGGUAGUUUGAUGACGGCAUAUAUGCAUACUACUGUAUUUUCAUUCAUGGUUAUUAUAAGAUGUUUGAGUGGGUGUGCAUAAUAUUUUCUAUCUUAUCUACCAGAAAGCACUGGAGUGCAUAUGCAUACUCUUAAUUUUAUUAUAAGGUCAUACUUUAGCCUGUUCACUAUUAGGCUUUCGUGGUAUUUCCUCAUUGUCCCCAGCUUGUUUUAUUGAUAUUAUCCGUCAUAAGACUUGGCUCAUCAAAAGGUAGCAUUUUGUCAUAUUCUUGAUGAUGUACAUAUGGAGCAAUAGUAAUCUUGUUUAGUUGUAUUUUAUUAAUUUAUACAUUAUUUAAUUACUUACUUUAUAUGGAAAUAGUAUAUUUAUGCAUUAUCAAAACUAUGACAAAAUUACUUUACAUUUGGAUCAUUAAUUUUGAAGUGGUAUUUUUUAUAGAUUAUUUCAAAUUUAAUUAAGAGCUGUAGUUAGGGUAUAUUGUUACAUAAUAUUGGUUAAUACCUACAGGAAUUACUAGAAGGGGUGAGGAGGGGGGCAAGGUAAGGUUAUUAUCAGGAGCAAACACCAAGUCAGUACGAUUAUAUGGAAGGAGACGGGGUGAUGGCAACUACCCAUAUAUGAGGUACAUAGAAGCUCAACGGAGUUGAUAUUCAAUACAUGAUAACUUAAAGCUAAUUUUCUUGAUUAUUAAAUAGUUCUUGCAUUCUGAAUGUUUCACUCAAUUUUUCUUUAUUGGCAUUUUCUAGUAUUUUGAAAGUGAAAUAGUUGUGUAAUUUAAAGGAUUGAACCUUUUGUCCUUGAAUAUAGGCACAAUGCCAUAUUUGUCACUUUACAUUAUCAGUGGUUAGGAGAGCUCUUCAGCACAUUCCUUCAGGAAUAGGAGAUAUUUUAUCUUCUAUUGCUUCAUUAUUUUUUUAUAUCUUAGUGAUAUCUUAUUUACUUCUCAAGUUACUUCAAUGUUUACAAUUUCUUUCCCUUACAUGUUUAAGUAUACCUCAUUAGACUAGUGUAAUUACCUAAAUGUAGUUACAGGAUGAGAGUGAUGCUCGUGGUGUCCCGGCUUUCCAAUAAUCUUUGUCAGAUGAUGCUUUGAUGAUUUUGGCAUCCACCAUCUUCUCACCUCAAUUGUGUGUAUAUAGUUAUGUGUAGGGUGAGGGUGUGUAUAUACAUGUGUAUGUGUGUGUGAAUACACAUUCUAACCUACUUGUGUAUAUGGGGAGCGAGAUCAUGCUCUAGAGUCCUGCCUCCUCAAUAUUGUGAAUAUUUUAUAUAAUAAUACUACAUGGAAAUAUUGUUCAACACUUUUACAAGAUAUUUGUGUGCCAAACAGUAUCAGUUGACAAUGAUUUCUUAAUUUCUCAGGCCAAGAGUAAAGCAAAUCUGAGAUUAUGAGAAUUUAUCUUAAAAAGUAAACUUUGAGAUUGGAAGCUGUAGAGACUGGAUGGUGGUCAUGCUAUAUGGUGCAAGAUACUAGACAUUCUAGUUGGACGUAGGUAUAAAUGUGCUAAUUGAAUAUUCCACUCAAGUUUGCUACUUGUAUACCUGUGGUACUUAAACGUAAUUUCACUGCAGAAAAUAAGUCACAAUAACGUGGCUAAAAAAUGGUCCAGCCCACAGGUAUGAAGUUAAAUGAAAAUGACAAAAUUUUGGUCCACGCUGCACCCUUAUCAAGUUGUGACCUGGAUAGUGACCUGGACUUGCUAAGGGUCCAGAUCAGACCAAAACAUUGUCACUGUCAUAUCAUUUCAUACGUGUAGGUUAGGUUAUUUGUAAUUUGACUGCAAUGAUGGCAGUUUUGGGAAGUAGUUAUGCAUUAUAUUUAGGGAAAGGGGGGGAGGGGGAGGAGUUGGUAAGUAACUCAAUAGUUCAUUUGUUAAAUUACUUUAAGUUUGGUGCUUACUUGCCUUAAGAUUCAUAUAAUGUGCGUUCCUGAUUUAAUGAUCUUUUGCAGCAGCGUUGCCAUUUAUCAGACUGAUAUCGGUCACUGUAAAGUACCGAAUAGUUAGAUUAUUUUGACAAAUUUGUUAAUUUCUUAAUGAUUAAUAUUGCUUUAGAUUUGAUAAACAAUUGACAUUAGUAUGUUGUAAUGUAGUGUAUUACUUGGUAGUUACCAGACAUAACAUGGCAUCUUUAGUAUCAGUACACUACAUAUAUCAACUAUUUACGGGUAGGUGCCAAUUUUUUUUUUUGUUUAAGUUCUGAAACCAAAUAGCUUUAAAUUUGGUAUAAUUUUUCCAUUAGAAUUUAAUCAAAUUUUGUGUUAUGUUUUGGGUUAUGCAGCGUGGUGGCGAUGUGGCACUGGAUGGCACAUACAGUGUCAUAAUCUUCACUAAUGCAUGGGGGCCAUUUUUAUAUAGUAUCUUAAUAAUACCUGAUGCCAGUGUCAGGAAUUUUCAAGUAGAGACAAUACUUUUGUACAGUAAUGAUUUUGUAAUGGAGAUAGAAAAUUGUAAAUGGACAUAGCACUUCUGUAAAGGACAUAGGACAAUCAUAGGUAAGAUAGGACCUUUACAGCAGAUAUUGAACUCAAUAUACAUUUUUGUCAUGUAGCUGCAGAUACAAAAAUUUGAGGUGGGAAUAAUACUUUUGUAAUGGAGGUGAGGUCUUUGUAGCCGAGAACUUUCAUAGUGGCAGUAGGAGUGUUUUGAAGUGUCGAUAGGAAUGCUGUUGCAGAGAUAUUUUUGUAACAGACUUCACUUUUGUAGCUAUGAUAGGGCUUUUGUAAUGAUGUUGAUAGGACUUUUGUAAUGAAAAUAAGACUUUUGUAAUAA